CAUCUCUAACCGAAACCCUCCAGAAAAGAAUGCCAUCUCCGUAAUUCGGAAAACAAAGCGUGAAACUUUAUGGAAAUCUCCAUCAACGUCUUCGUUUUCCUGCUCUAUACCCUGGUUGUGAUCUAUCUGCAGCAUUUUGUAAACAAGUACACGGAGUUCGUGCGCCGCCUAUAA